AUGGGCAUUCUUAUUGCCAGUUUUCGAGGAACUGUGCCAUAUGGUCUGUCAUUGGAAAUUGGGGAUACAGUUCAGAUCCUGGAGAAGUGCGAUGGCUGGUACAGAGGCUUUGCCUUAAAAAACCCGAAUAUCAAGGGUAUAUUUCCUUCCAGCUAUGUUCACUUGAAAAAUGCCUGUGUAAAGAACAAAGGACAAUUUGAAAUGGUUAUUCCCACUGAAGACUCUGUGAUCACAGAAAUGACAUCAACAUUAAGAGACUGGGGAACUAUGUGGAAACAACUUUAUGUGAGAAAUGAAGGUGAUCUCUUCCACCGACUGUGGCACAUCAUGAAUGAAAUCCUGGAUCUGCGGCGGCAGGUGUUGGUGGGGCACCUCACCCAUGACCGGAUGAAGGACGUGAAGCGCCACAUCACUGCCCGCCUGGACUGGGGCAACGAACAACUGGGACUGGACCUGGUACCUAGGAAAGAGUAUGCAAUGGUGGAUCCAGAGGACAUCAGCAUUACUGAGCUCUACCGAUUGAUGGAGCAUCGACAUCGGAAGAAAGAUACCCCAGUGCAGGCCAGCAGUCACCACCUCUUUGUGCAGAUGAAGAGUCUCAUGUGUUCCAACCUGGGAGAGGAGCUUGAGGUCAUCUUUUCACUGUUUGACAGUAAAGAGAAUCGACCAAUCAGUGAGAGAUUUUUCUUGAGGCUAAAUAGAAACGGGCUUCCCAAAGCCCCAGAUAAACCAGAACGACACUGCUCUCUCUUCGUGGACUUGGGUAGCAGCGAGCUCAGAAAGGACAUCUAUAUCACUGUGCACAUCAUCCGAAUCGGUCGAAUGGGGGCAGGAGAAAAAAAGAAUGCCUGCAGUGUCCAGUACCGGCGACCCUUUGGCUGUGCAGUUCUCAGUAUUGCUGACCUGCUGACGGGAGAGACGAAAGAUGACCUCAUCCUGAAAGUGUACAUGUGUAAUACAGAGAGUGAGUGGUAUCAGAUCCACGAGAACAUCAUCAAGAAGUUGAAUGCGCGUUAUAAUUUGACUGGCUCCAAUGCGGGUUUAGCUGUUUCUUUACAACUCUUGCAUGGAGACAUUGAACAAAUCAGAAGGGAAUACUCAUCAGUAUUUUCUCAUGGAGUAUCCAUCACCAGGAAGUUGGGUUUUUCUAAUAUUAUUAUGCCUGGUGAAAUGCGGAAUGAUUUAUAUAUCACUAUAGAAAGGGGAGAAUUUGAGAAAGGAGGAAAGAGUGUGGCCAGAAACGUGGAAGUUACGAUGUUCAUUGUAGAGAGUAGUGGCCAGACCCUGAAGGACUUUAUAUCCUUCGGCUCUGGAGAGCCACCGGCUAGCGAGUACCACUCUUUUGUGCUUUAUCAUAACAACAGCCCCAGGUGGUCCGAGCUGCUGAAACUUCCUAUCCCCGUGGAUAAAUUCAGGGGUGCGCACAUCCGCUUCGAGUUCCGGCAUUGUUCCACAAAGGAGAAAGGAGAGAAGAAGUUGUUUGGCUUCUCCUUUGUUCCCCUGAUGCAGGAAGAUGGUAGGACACUUCCAGAUGGCACGCACGAGCUCAUUGUGCAUAAGUGUGAAGAAAACACAAAUCUUCAGGAUACUACCCGCUACCUCAAACUUCCUUUUUCCAAGGGCAUUCUCCUUGGGAAUAAUAAUCAAGCCACAAAGGCCACAAAGGAGUCUUUUUGGAUAACAUCUUUUCUCUGUUCCACAAAACUGACACAAAAUGGUGAUAUGCUUGAUCUUUUGAAAUGGAGAACCCACCCAGACAAGAUCACAGGCUGUCUCUCUAAAUUAAAAGAAAUUGAUGGCUCCGAGAUAGUAAAGUUUCUGCAAGAUACACUGGAUACCUUAUUUGGAAUUUUAGAUGAAAAUUCCCAAAAAUAUGGGUCUAAAGUGUUUGAUUCAUUGGUUCACAUAAUCAAUUUGCUGCAAGAUAGCAAAUUUCAUCAUUUUAAACCUGUAAUGGACACUUACAUCGAGAGUCAUUUUGCUGGGGCACUUGCAUACAGAGAUCUCAUCAAAGUACUCAAAUGGUAUGUGGACCGGAUCACAGAAGCAGAGAGACAAGAGCACAUCCAAGAGGUGUUGAAGGCCCAAGAAUAUAUUUUUAAGUAUAUUGUUCAGUCUCGAAGGCUGUUUUCCCUUGCCACUGGAGGACAGAAUGAGGAGGAAUUUCGCUGCUGUAUUCAGGAGCUGCUCAUGUCAGUUCGUUUUUUUCUUUCACAAGAAAGCAAAGGAUCUGGAGCAUUAUCUCAAUCACAGGCUGUGUUUCUGAGCUCCUUCCCAGCUGUGUAUUCGGAGCUGCUGAAGCUCUUUGACGUCCGGGAGGUGGCCAGCUUGGUCCAGGACACCCUGGGCAGUCUGCCGACUAUCGUGCACGUGGAUGACGCCCUGCAGGCUGUUAAACUGCAGUGCAUUGGCAAGACCGUGGAAAGCCAGCUCUAUACCAACCCAGAUUCCCGGUAUAUUCUUUUACCUGUCGUGCUACAUCACCUCCACAUGCACUUGCAAGAACAGAAGGACCUGAUCAUGUGUGCACGGAUCCUUAGCAAUGUAUUUUGUCUCAUCAAGAAAAAUAGCUCAGAAAAAUCUGUGCUGGAGGAAAUAGAUGUGAUAGUGGCUAGCCUGCUGGACAUCCUGCUGAGAACCAUCUUGGAGAUCACCAGUCGUCCGCAGCCAUCUGGCUCCACCAUGAGGCUUCAGUUUCAGGAUGUCACGAGAACAGGCUCUCUGAAUAGGGAGGUUUCCCAUGACAGUCCUACCCUGAGCACCUCUGCCUUUACAGGAAAAGUGCCCACUGUAAGUGGACAUGCUGGGGAGUUUGUUGCUUGUCUCCUGUCCCUAUUACGGCAAAUGACAGAUAGACAUUAUCAGCAGCUUCUUGAUAGUUUCAAUACAAAAGAAGAACUAAGGGAUUUCCUGCUGCAGAUAUUUACUGUGUUCCGAAUAUUGAUACGCCCAGAGAUGUUUCCAAAGGACUGGACUGUCAUGCGCUUGGUGGCUAACAACGUCAUUAUUACAACAGUUCUGUACCUGUCAGAUGCACUUCGGAAGAACUUCUUAAAUGAAAACUUUGAUUAUAAGAUCUGGGAUUCCUACUUUUACCUUGCGGUCAUUUUUAUAAACCAGUUGUGUCUGCAGUUAGAGAUGUUUACACCUUCCAAAAAGAAAAAAGUAUUAGAAAAAUAUGGUGACAUGCGGGUAACAAUGGGUUGUGAAAUUUUCAGCAUGUGGCAAAAUCUAGGAGAGCACAAGCUCCAUUUCAUCCCUGCCCUGAUCGGCCCCUUCCUGGAAGUAACCUUGAUACCCCAGCCAGAUCUCCGCAAUGUCAUGAUUCCUAUUUUCCAUGAUAUGAUGGACUGGGAGCAGAGGCGGAGUGGCAAUUUUAAACAGGUGGAAGCCAAGCUCAUUGACAAACUGGACAGCCUGAUGUCCGAAGGCAAAGGCGAUGAAACCUACCGUGAGCUCUUCAACAGUAUAAUUCCACUCUUUGGUCCCUAUCCUAGUCUACUAAAGAAAAUUGAGCGGGAAACAUGGAGAGAAAGUGGUGUUUCCUUAAUCGCCACUGUAACUCGGCUGAUGGAGAGGUUGUUAGAUUACAGGGACUGCAUGAAAAUGGGCGAGGUAGAUGGCAAAAAGAUUGGCUGCACCGUGAGCCUCCUGAACUUCUAUAAGACUGAACUGAACAAGGAGGAGAUGUAUAUACGCUACAUCCACAAACUCUAUGAUCUGCACCUCAAAGCACAGAAUUUCACAGAGGCUGCAUAUACGCUGUUGUUAUAUGAUGAGCUGCUGGAAUGGUCUGACCGGCCCCUCCGGGAGUUCCUGACCUACCCCAUGCAAACGGAAUGGCAGCGCAAGGAGCACCUGCACCUCGCCAUCAUCCAGAACUUUGACCGGGGCAAGUGUUGGGAGAACGGCAUCAUCUUGUGCCGGAAGAUUGCAGAGCAGUACGAGAGUUACUAUGAUUACAGAAACCUGAGCAAGAUGAGGAUGAUGGAAGCCUCUUUGUAUGACAAAAUUAUGGACCAGCAGCGUCUUGAACCAGAGUUCUUCAGAGUUGGAUUUUAUGGGAAAAAGUUUCCAUUUUUCUUAAGAAAUAAAGAGUUUGUGUGUCGAGGGCAUGACUACGAAAGACUGGAGGCCUUCCAGCAGAGAAUGCUGAACGAGUUCCCCCACGCCAUCGCCAUGCAGCAUGCCAACCAACCCGAUGAGACCAUCUUCCAGGCAGAAGCUCAGUAUUUGCAGAUAUACGCCGUGACUCCCAUCCCAGAGAGCCAGGAGGUCCUUCAGAGAGAAGGUGUCCCAGACAACAUCAAAAGUUUCUAUAAAGUGAAUCACAUCUGGAAAUUCCGCUACGACAGACCGUUUCACAAAGGCACGAAAGAUAAAGAGAAUGAAUUCAAGAGUCUCUGGGUGGAAAGAACAUCACUAUACUUGGUGCAGAGUUUACCUGGAAUUUCUCGCUGGUUUGAAGUGGAGAAGCGUGAAGUGGUAGAAAUGAGUCCUCUGGAAAAUGCUAUUGAAGUGCUGGAGAAUAAGAAUCAGCAGCUGAAGACUCUGAUUAGUCAGUGUCAGACAAGACAGAUGCAGAAUAUUAAUCCCCUAACCAUGUGCCUGAAUGGAGUUAUAGACGCUGCGGUUAAUGGUGGAGUUUCCAGGUAUCAAGAGGCAUUCUUUGUCAAGGAAUAUAUCUUAAGUCACCCCGAAGAUGGAGAGAAAAUCGCACGGUUAAGAGAGCUGAUGCUUGAGCAGGCACAGAUUUUGGAAUUUGGCUUGGCCGUGCACGAGAAGUUUGUGCCUCAGGAUAUGAGACCCCUUCACAAGAAGCUGGUCGACCAGUUCUUUGUGAUGAAGUCCAGCUUGGGGAUUCAGGAAUUCUCCGCAUGUAUACAAGCCAGUCCAGUCCAUUUUCCUAAUGGAAGCCCUCGUGUGUGUAGAAACUCAGCACCUGCUUCCAUGAGCCCAGAUGGUACCAGGGUAAUUCCUCGACGCAGCCCAUUAAGUUACCCAGCUGUCAACCGAUACUCUUCCUCCUCACUGUCCUCACAAGCGUCUGCUGAAGUAAGCAAUAUUACAGGGCAAUCAGAAAGCUCUGAUGAAGUCUUUAACAUGCAGCCAAGUCCAUCUACCUCAAGCUUGAGUUCUACUCACUCCGCCUCGCCUAAUGUGACAAGUUCUGCUCCCUCGAGUGCCAGAGCUUCUCCUCUGUUGUCCGACAAACACAAACAUUCCAGAGAAAACGCUUGCCUGUCCCCGAGAGAGCGGCCAUGCAGCGCCAUCUAUCCGACACCUGUGGAACCUUCUCAGAGGCUGCUGUUUAAUCACAUUGGAGAUGGAGCCUUGCCACGCAGUGACCCCAAUCUUUCUGCGCCUGAGAAAGCUGUGAACCCCACCCCUAGCAGCUGGAGCCUGGACAGUGGGAAGGAAGCCAAGAACAUAGCAGAUGGUGGGAAGCUCAUCUCUCCCCCAGUCCCUCCACGGCCCACACAGACUGCUUCACCAGCAAGGCACACGGCAUCAGUAUCCCCCUCGCCUGCUGGGCGAUCUCCACUGAAGGGCUCCGUGCAGUCCUUCACCCCGUCCCCCGUGGAGUACCACUCCCCAGGACUCGUCUCCAGCUCCCCCGUGCUGUCGGGCAGCUACAGCAGCGGGAUUUCCUCCCUCAGCCGGUGUAGCACGUCGGAGACCUCAGGCUUCGAGAAUCAGGUGAAUGAGCCGGCCGCGGCGCCGCCGGGGUCGGAGGAGCCGGUGCGCAAGGAGAGCAAGACGCCGCCGCCCUACAGCGUGUACGAGCGGACUCUGCGGCGCCCCGUGCCACUGCCUCACAGCCUCUCCAUCCCCGUCACCGCCGAGCCGCCCGCCUUGCCCCCCAAGCCCCUGGCGGCGCGGUCGGGCCACCUGGAGAACGGGACCAGGAGGACGGACCCCGGCCCGCGGCCCAGGCCCCUGCCCCGGAAGGUCUCCCAGUUAUAAGUCCCUUUUCUACUUCCCUGCGACGCAUUCUUUGCCGUUUACAAGACAUCAAGAGGUAUGGUGAGAAGACAUCCUUAGUGUAGGCACUUUAAUAACUUAACUCAGAUUUGUCUUUAGAUGAAUGGAAUUUAAACUCGCUUAAUAGAAUAUGUUGCACAAUAUUAAAAGUUACUGAUCCCCAACGCCAGAUGUCCCAAGUAUGGCUGAAUUUCAUGACACCGUUUCUCGUUUGAAAGUGAUAGUGAUAAAGCCUUCUUUUGUAUCUUUUUAUGUUCACUUUUUUUUUUUUUACAUAAUCUCAACCAGUAAAAUAUUGUCGAACAAUACGAAGCGUGAUAGUGUUGUAUACUUUUUACUGAAUACUUGAUACUUCAUGAAAGCUUAUUAAGUCAGUGCACAUCCUAAGGCAGUGGUCCUUACUUUAGAAGACUUCUGUAAAUAAGGUGAGAUUUCUGACUCUUUCUAUCAACAGACAAGUGAAUGCACAUAGUCAUAAUUAAAAGUUAAAGCAGGCUAAUGAGAUAUACACUAAAGGAGCUGCAAAGAUUGGGACUGGAAGCGGUUUUGUUCUUGAAACAUACUUCUUGAAGGUUGCUUUUGACCUUGACUGCUGUCUACAUUGUUCAGAAGCUACUAUACCAUUUGGCUGGUAAACCGUUUAGUACCCUGACACCAUGGUAUCUACUGUAUUUCUUUUCAAGGUGCAAUUUACUUCCAGAGUUCCCAUCAGGUUGAUGAAGCAAAAGACCCCAGGAGAAAUGUUUACUUGAAUCUUGUGCUUCCUUAGAUAAUUUCUGCUACCCAAUUUGUCAUUGAAGAAGAGAUGUUCAUGUAUUAAGUAGGCACAAAUUAAUGUGUCCCAUUAACAAGAAUUCAGGAAUCAAUACAGGACAGUAUUAAAUCAAUAGAGUAAAUGAAGAAAAAAGUUGGGGAAAUUUUUUUGGCUUGUUUAAUUGGCAAAGGGCUUUUUAAAGGCAAGGGCAUUAACUUUCAGUCCUGCACAAAAUAAGAAAUUCCUCACAACUCCAUUGUUACCAGUGGGGCUUGUCUGCUGAACUAAUCCUGUUGUCCUUUUGUUGAAGGAGGAUGGCUAUAGACUGCUCUAGCUUGAACAUUACAACAUAGCAUCUUAGAUUUAGAUAGGGAUGCUAAUGCCACAGUCGUAGGAGUGUGAAAAGAGAAAAGCACCUUGUAUGUAGUAAUGUAUUUUAUAUCUUGUUUUCUUUACUGACUGUUUAUAACACUCAACUGACAAUAGAUAUGAACUGUAUUUUAAAUCAUACUGUUGAAUAUUUUCCCUCUUUUGUUGGGAAGCUCAUUUUAGUUUAACUGUGUGUUUUUGUUGAUAGCUUACCCAGAAGGCAGUGACCACUUUUUUAUAUUCCCUUCGAAACCAUUCAGCAGGUAUAUGCUGUUGAGACUGGUUAUAGAGGUUUUCUAUAAUAAAUGUUCAAGUAUUUUUGUACAUAACUGGUUAAUUUUAAUAAGAGAUACCAUUACAUGUAAAAAAAUUAAAAAUAAAAGCAAACUGUUGUGGAUGCAGUAUGAUUGUUAUAAUUAUGCCAAAUACUUUAUGUAUGGAAAAAGAAUAUUUGUACAUAUGUGCUUUUAACAAUAAUUCUGCCAUAUUGACUACAGUUUUGAAUGUCAGAAAAAUUAAUAUAUGUUAAAAUAUUUAUGUUUAGUGAAAGUAUUCUUAAUAGAGAAAAGGAACAUGAAUUUUAGCUUUGUAUCUUGCAAGUUUUUCAGUUGAAAAUUUCUUGAACUAGCUUUUGCUUUUGAUGAUAACACUUUGUGUUUGUAAUCACAUCCUUAAGUAUAUAUAUAUCUAUAUAUAUAGGAAGAUACAUAUUUCUGUUGCUUUAAAGAAGUAAAGCCUUCCCUCCAUUUAAAUAAGGUGACAUGCUUAAGAUAACAAAGCUUUGAUUUCCUUUUCUUCUGUAAUUUAAUAGAUUUCUUGACUAGUGCUUGGGCACAGUGUAAAUCAGUGUUAUUUGCUCUUGAAUCCAUUUUUUUUUUUUUAAUUGGGGCAAUGAACAGUCGAUCAUGUGUGUGUAUUUCUGAAGCAGCUAUAUAGCAGAACAUUUCAAGAGAUUCUAUUAGCCCAGAUGUUCAUGUUGGUUGCUGCUGAAUGGUAAAUAUUAAAUAAAAUUACCUGAUUAAUCUUGGUA